GCUGGAGGAGCAACCAUAGAGUUUGUGGACAAAGGGAGCCCUGACCAGAAGGACCCCCAACAUCCCUCUGAUGCAAGAAGGGGCUGGAUGGCAUCUUGGGACGCACAGAACGGUCAACGUCAUUGUGUUUCUGGGUGCAACGUCUGUCCCCAUUUGCCUCCCAGCAAGGACGGGCACAAUGGCGGAAGAAGAGGCUCCUGUUCAGGAGAUGCUGACCUUUGAGGACGUGGCCAUCUCCUUCUCCCCACAAGAGUGGGAGAUGCUGAAUGACGGGCAAAGGGAGCUCCAUUGGGAGGUGAUGAUGGAGAACUACAAGAUGCUCGUCUCGCUGGGGAAUGACCUCUACUUGCUUUCCUCCAAUGGAAUGUUCUGGAACACUUCGGAAGAUGAAAGUGCCCUUGCUGACCGUCGCGCGAGUCCGGUGGAUGGGUUGCCUGAGACUUCAUCCCACCUGGGCCGCAAACACCAAAUGGACCCUGAGGAGGAGGAGGACGAUGAGGAGUUUGUGCCCGAGGAGCAGCCCCCUGCCCUGGAGGCACCGUCCAUCCCAAUGGGGGGCCCCUACCCCUGUCCGCUUUGUGAGCAGUUCUUUCGAGGGAAGAAGGAACUGGAUCGGCACCAGCGGAGCAUUCACUUGGGCGACAAACCCCAUGCGUGUGCCGAAUGUGGAAAGGCGUUCCGGGACAAGAGUGACCUUCGGGUCCAUGAGCGACUCCACACGGGAGAGAAGCCCUUCGUCUGCGACGUGUGUGGGAAGUCCUUCCGGGAGAAGAGCAAGCUCAUCGUCCACCAGAGGAUCCACACUGGGGAGAAGCGCUGCAUCUGUCAGGAAUGCGGGAAAAGCUUCAGGGACAAGCAUUACCUCAGGGACCACCAGCGGAUCCACGCGGGAGAGCGGCCCUACCAUUGCGAGGAGUGUGGCCGGAGCUUCCGGACUCGGAGCCAUUUUACUCUUCACCAGAGGAUCCAUACCGGGGUGAAACCCUACAUUUGCAAUGACUGCGGAAAGACCUUUGUGCAGAAAAGCAACCUCAUGAGUCAUCAGAGAAUUCACACGGGAGAAAAACCCUUCCCUUGCGAGGAAUGCGGGAAGACCUUCCGGGACAGGAAGACUCUGAGGUAUCACCGGAGGAUCCAUCUGGGUGAGAAGCCCUAUCCGUGUCAGGACUGCGGGAAGACCUUCCGGGACAAGAGCAGCCUGACCGUCCACCAGAACAUCCACUCCGGGGAGAAGCCCUUCAUCUGCUGGGAGUGCGGGAGGAGCUUCCGGGAGAAGAUGUACCUGAAGGACCACCAGAGGAUCCACACUGGAGAGAAGCCCUUCCCCUGCCAGGAGUGUGGCAAGACCUUCCGGGCUAAGCGGACCCUCAAGUACCACGAGCGCAUCCACACCGGGGAGAAGCCCUUCGCCUGCCUGGACUGCGGGAAGAGCUUCCGGGGUAAGAGCAGCCUGACCGUCCACCAGAGGAUCCACACCGGGGAGAAGCCCUUCAUGUGCUGGACCUGUGGGAGGAGCUUCCGGGAGAAGGUCUACCUCCGGGAACACCACAAGACCCACCUGGAGGAGAAGCCCUACCCCUGUGGCGACUGCGAGAAGAGCUUUGUCCACAAGAACCACCUCAUGCGCCACCAGAAGUUCCACGGGCCUCUCCCCCUGCAGGCCUCGCUGGCGGCGUUGCAGGACGUCACCAUCUAUUUCUCGCAAGAGGAAUGGGAAGAGCUGGCAGAGUGGCAGCAGGAACUCUACCGGGACGUCAUGCGGCAGAACUUCCAGCUCAUCGCCUCCCUUGCUGUCUGUGACAUCAGAGUAAAGGAGGAAAUGACGGAGGAAGUGAAGGAGGAAGCGAAGGAGGAAGAGGCCAGGCAUGUUGGUGCAGAAGGCAUGGGAAGGUUGUUCCUCGAGAGGUUUUUCCUCCAGGGAUGGAAGGUUGAGGGCAAAAGCUUUCCCGACGGAGCUCAGGUGGACAGAUGGGCCAAGGAGGCCCACUGGCCAGUUUGGGGCCAAGGGCCCGAGGCCGAAGCCUUCCCUCUCGCCUGCUUGAUCUGCGGGAAGGGCUUCAAGAGCCCAGCCGCUUGCCUUGCGCACCAGCGUGUCCACACGGGAGAGCGGCCUUUUGUCUGCGGGGAGUGCGGGCGCCGCUUCACCCACCGCCAGCACCUGGGCACGCACUUGCGCGUGCACGGCCAGGAGCGGCCCUUCACCUGCGAGGAGUGCGGUGCCGCCUUCCGCCUGCAGAAGCUGCUCCGGACGCACCAGCGCAAGGUCCACUCGGGGGAGCCGCCCCUGGCCUGCACGGAGUGUGGCAAGCUCUUCACCCACAAACACCACCUGAUGACGCACCAGCGGACACACACGGGUGAGCGCCCCUUCCCCUGCCCCGAAUGCGGCAAGUGCUUCACCCAGAAGCACCACAUGCAGGCCCACCAGCGGGGCCACUCAGGGGACCGGCCCUUCCCCUGCCCCGAGUGCGGCAAGACCUUCAAGGACCGCGUCGGCGUGGUCAUGCACCAGGCGGUGCACACGGGGGCAAAGCCAUUCUCCUGCCCCGAGUGCGGCAAGGCUUUUAGUCACAGGCACCAUCUGGUCAUCCACCAUCGUGUCCACACGGGUGAGAAGCCCUUCUCCUGCGGCGUGUGCCAGAAGCGCUUCACCCAGAAGCACCACCUCCUCAGCCACGAGCGCCUCCACACGGGCGAGCGCCCCUACCCCUGCCCAGAGUGCUCGCGCAGCUUCAAGGACCGCAUCACCCUCAAGCUGCACCUGCGCCUCCACACCGGGGAGAGGCCCUUCGCUUGUGCCCAGUGCGGGGAGCGCUUCCGCCUGCGCAAGGCCCUGCUCUCCCACCACCAGAAACACGAGGCCCCCGCCCAGGUCAUCUGUGCCGACUGUGGGCAGACCUUCCCACGCAUGCGCAGCCUGGCCGCCCAUAGACGACGCGCUCACCCCUCCGCAUCCGGGGAACUGAAGCCGAGCAAGAAAAGGCUGGAGGUGGAGGCCACCACCAAGAAGGUCCUGUCUGAGCAGCAUGAAAAUGGCGGGCAGGAGGAAGGUCAACUUAAGCAAUCAGAAGAGGCUGGUGGACCCCUUCCCACUGGCCCCCAGGAUCCUCCAGUUGCCAUGUUUCUGACCCUUUGAAAGAGUCAUAGUUGAAUCCAGCAUGGCUGCUUUUCCAGGUGGCCAC